AUGGAUGCUGGAAAUUCUGAAAUUUCGUCUGGAACCUCACCCCUUCCCAACUCUUCGUCUUCUGGAGACAACCCAGCAAUGCAGAUCACCAGUCACCGUUUAAACGGUAGGAACUAUGUGCAAUGGUGUCAAUCUGUUAAGUUGUUUAUCCAGGCUAAAGGGAAGAUGGGGUAUCUCGACGGAAAAAAGGUAAAACCAGCAGAACGUGAACCUGGUUAUGAUGCUUGGGUGACUGAAAAUGCUUUAGUCAUGACAUGGCUGACUAAUUCUAUGGAACCAGAUAUCAGUCAAACUUAUUUAUUUCUUGAUACAGCUCACGAGAUUUGGGAAGCUGUUAAAGAAUAUUACUCUGACCUGGGCAAUGCAUCUCAGGCUUUUGAUCUCAACACCAAGGUGAAAGAAUUACGCCAAGGAGGGAUGACUAUUACUGAAUACUUCCUUGCUCUAAAAAUACUAUGGCAAGAGUUAGAUCUUUAUGAUAUAGCAGACCUUCAACGUUUAGAAGCUAAUGCAAGGUUCAAAAAUUAUAUAGAGAAAAGGCGUCUCUAUGAUUUUCUUCGUGGAAGAAUUUUGGGACAAAACCCAUUACCUUCCCUUGUUACUGCUUUUUCUGAAGUACGAAGGGAGGAGCUUCGCCGAAAGGUAAUGUUGGGUGAUCAGGACUCUAAGUCCUCUGAUGGGUCUGCCCUUAUAGCAAAGAAUACUGUUCGUCUUUCUGGGGACUCAAAACGUUCUGACCGUUGGUGUUCUCAUUGCAAUAAGGGUGGUCACACCCGUGAAAAAUGUUGGGAAAUUCAUAGAAAACCACCAAACUGGAAACCAAAAGGACAGAACAAGAAUCGUGCUAAUCAAGUAUCUUCUGAAGAUAAAGGGGAGGUGUCUCAUGUCCCUUCAAACCUUGAUGGUGUUUUCCUCUCCAAGGCCCAGUAUGAGCAAUUUCAGAAACUGAUAUCUCAACCUGCCGAGGCAACUAGUCAUGUUGCUUAA